UUUUUCCCCGGCUUUUUCCCUAAAACUGGUAUCACCUUCAGAAUCCCUCCUCCAGUCCUGAAAUAUCGCUUGAACUGCUGUGUAGACUUCUCAAGACUUAACCGUCUUUCGCAAGGUCUCACGCGAGUUACCUCUUCCUUUUCAACUUCCCCCCCCCUGGCAGGUCGGCUGUUUUCUGUGUCUUCGCUUGUCACCAGUUGGCUCAGUGGUGUCUUCUGCAUAAACGAGCGAGCAGUCUACAUGGGUCACUGGAAAUACGGCUUCUUCGCCUAUGUCGCCGUCGGGGCCACCAACGUGGGCAGUAUCCGGGUCUUUCAGGAUCCGCACCUCGUGACCAAUCGACCGAACUACCUGCGCUACCUCUUCUCCAGUCGACAACAAGUGCAGGUUGACUCCAACUGUUCUGCUACGGACGCGACCUCGCAGGUACCCAUCAUCCGAAAGAUGGAUGGCUACGAGGACCUGCACUUCCCAGCAAAGCUCCAGCUGAAGAAGGGUGACCUGUUCGGAGAGUUCAACUUUGGCUCGACAAUUGUGCUGAUUUUUGAAGCUCCCACGGACGGUUUCGAGUUUGUAGUGAAGAGUGGAGACCGUAUUCAGAUGGGCAGACCCCUGGGACAGCCACACUUGUUCUGUUCGGCUAGGGACGAUCAGGAGAUGACGACCAAUGUCGAAGACGCCACGUUUUUUUCCGGCUCAUACGAACGCUGGUGCCUGUGUCAGGACAUGCGUCCCAGAAACGAAGAUGAACAACACUGA